UGUCCACAUUCGGAACGUUUCAGCCAUCGUAGCUGGUCGUGUUUUCUUGACACUCAAACGUGGUAGUGUAUCCGUGUUGCGCGCUGUAGUCGAUUUUCUACUUUUUUUCUGUAUGUUUCUCUCAUAUUCAAUGUGCUGAAGUUAUUAUAAGAAAAUCAUAAUUUAGUUGAGGUAGAAAACGCUGAACAAAAAACGCAAGUGGAGUGCUGAUUUUGCGCGUAAAUUAGUUAAUAAAAGUAGAUAGUUAAAAAAGUAAUACUAUUGAAUGAACGGCAGGAAAUGUGCAAGUGAAUAAAACAGCAAACGCUUACUUUUGAUGCAUCGCAGAAGGAGAAAAAAAAUACAUUACAAAGAAGUAAAUCUCCAAAGCAAAGGUGAGAAGCAAAGCAGAAGUGUAAAAAAUGCUAAGAUGAACCACAGAGUGGAAAAUGAAAUGUGUUUUUUUUCCGUUGGUAGUUUAGUGAGUUAGUUAUAGCUAAAAGAGAUAUAUAUAGCAAAAGCGGAAGGAAGUGAAAACAUUAAACAAAAAAAAACCAAGAAAAACAGUUUGCGGAAAAUUGAAAGUGAAAAGGCAGAACUUGGCAGUCAAACUCAAGCAAAAACACAAAGAACAUAUUUCCAAGUUAAAAUAAAGUAAAUUGCGCGAACAGUUUGAGAGGCGGUGAACGCUUUCGCUCUGUUGAUUAGUGUUCCGCGCUGCUCGCUUGGGUUGCUUUGGCCGUUAUUGCAUCAACCAAAAGCCAUUACAUGAGCUGCAUGAGUAAUUGAAUGCGUUGUCAAUGAGGAGGAUGAUGCUGUUGGCAGAGAUGUGCUGUUGACAAGUCGAUGCGUUCGAGCAACAACUGCAUACAUACGAAAGAUUUGUCCGACCAAAAGGCACAGUGUGCAGAAUUUUUUGUUUAGAAAUUAGAAAAUGACAAAUCGUUGAUGAAUUUAAGUGAGAUAGAAGGCUACCAAAAUAAACCAUAAGUUAUGGGCACAUGAGUAUAGCAAAAAAAAGAGCAGCAACAGAUACGAGUGCAAGCGCUAUACGCAAAAACAAAAAAAAUAUAUAAAAACGUGUACAUAAAUAAACUAAAAAAAAAAAAUCAGCAACAGCAAAGAGCGCAAAUAAGUGCAAUCGGACAACUGCAACCGAAAUUCUUGGCAUACAGUGCAGUACAAACAAAGUGAACGAAACGAAUGACGAUCACGCGAUGCGUCAGUAUUGCAGCGGUGCGCGACUCAGAGUAACGUAUCGGAAAUUAGUGCGGCGUAAAGCAGAAUAAAGCGCGUGUGCGGUGUAAAAUUAUUUGUAAAACUAAAAAAAAAGAUAUAAAAACACGUUUAGUACAAAACACAGGAAAAAAACACAUCCUUAAAAAUCUUUAAAAGCUUAAAGGAAUCCUUACAGGCAUUCAGUAAUCACUGUUAACAGAAAAAAAACUCACACAAAUUCCAAAAUAUUAUUUACACUAAAUUUUUCCCCACUUAACUCAUUUAAAUUAACGCCACUAUGCCGGAAACCGAAUUUGAGUGCAUUACAAAGGAAUGGCUGCAGGCCGAGUUGCGCUCCAUAUCCGCUUCAUCGCAACAACAACAACACAGCCAUACGCACCCGCUCUCGUCGCUGCUGGCACAAAAAUUAAUCCUUUUGGAUUGUCGCAGCUCCCACGAAUUUAGCGAAUCGCGCAUCCGUUCAGCAGUGAAUUUCUUCAUACCAAGCAUUAUGUUGCGCCGAUUAGCGCUCGGUAAAAUCGAUUUGUUAUCAACAAUUAAGUCAACCGAUUUGAAAGAACGCGUACAGAAGGGCUACAAAGUGAGCCUAUUCGUAUUGUAUAAUGAUGCCGGCAUGCAGGAGCAGCCAGUACUCCAGGCGCAUACCUCAACUGGGGCUGGAGGAACUGGCGAAGCGCUUGGUGGCGGUGGCGGCGCCGGAUGUGGUUUGGAUAUGAUGUGCGGCGGCCCACGCGGCAAUAAUGUCGUUGCGGAUGCUACUAUAAAUAUUUUGUAUCGGCGCUUGAAGCAGGAUGGUUGUCGGGUUGUGGUGUUGCAAGAUGGUUUCUCAAGUUUCCGUCAAGCAUUCCCCGAAUGGUGUGAGGAUGAUAGCGCACAAAAUAAAGAAAUGGAAUCUAGUCACAGCACACAGGCCGAUCAACUGAUGGGACUUAGAUCUUUGCGGAUAUCAACGCCACAUUCAGAUUCCGCCUGCAGUAGUUCCGCUGAAUCUUCCGACUGUGAAAGUACAACACAUCACAAUAUCAAUGAGGCACCUGUGGAGAUCAUUCCAGGCUUAUUUCUUGGCAAUGAAUCGCAUAGUUGUGAUUCACGCGCAUUACAAAAGUACAAUAUAAAGUAUGUUUUAAACGUCACACCGGAUCUUCCCAAUGUCUUCGAGUCUUCAGGCGAUAUACAGUAUUUACAAAUUCCUAUUACUGAUCACUAUUCCCAAGAUCUGGCCAUGCAUUUUCCAGACGCCAUACGAUUUAUAGAGGAGGCGCGCUCCAACAAUGCCGCCGUGCUAGUGCACUGCCUAGCCGGCGUAUCCCGCUCUGUCACAGUGACGCUCGCCUAUCUAAUGCAAACGCGCACACUCAGCCUGAAUGACGCAUUCACGUUAGUGCGCGAUCGCAAGCCCGAUGUGGCACCCAAUUUCCAUUUCAUGGAGCAGUUGCAUUCGUUCGAGCGAAAACUGCGUCCGGCCAGUAAUAGUGGUGAAGGCAGCAGCAGCGGCAGCGGUGACAAUGAGUGCACAGCGAUGGAUGAGAGUGGCGGAGGCGGUAGUGGCAGCGGCAUACCCUCUUGCACCGCCAACACGAGUUUGGCUAAUACGCUAACAGCUGGACGUUGUGGCGGCGAUUUAAGUUCGAAAUUCACUUGCAAUUGCAUUGCAACAGACUGUAAAUGCAUGCAGACGGGCGGCUAUAUGGCGCAACUGGCGAAAGCGGCAACCGGUGUGUCACCCGAUUCGGGUAUUGAAUUCGAUCGAUGGACGCCGUCCAGCGAUACGGGACUCAAAUGAGAUCAACUUGUGGGAAAAAGUUUCGUGCUGCCGCCGAGCAUUGUGGAGCCGCCAGUGGCACACAACGCCGACAAUGUGUCACCAGCUUCGACUACCUCCUCGUCCACUUCGACGACAACAACGGCUGAGGCUGUGUCGGUGGUCGAAGUGGUGCCCAGCGCCGAUGAGCGAUAAAUUGCGUAUAAAUGUGAAUGGAGAGCAAGAGGGAGCGAGAUUUGAUGGUUGGUGGGCGGUUGGUUGGUUGGCGGCGUGUGUUUUAUAGGCACGCGAAACUUUUUUCCUACAGGUCUGGUGUGGUGGUGACAAAGCAAACUACAACUACAAAGGUAGCACAAAUGCGAACGAAAUAUGCGGUAUAAGGAAUAUAUCACAAAAGCAGCAACAAAACCAAUAUAACUUUUUUUUUUUAUUUUAAGUGGAAAUAAAAGUGUCAUUUGAAGUACUAGCUGUGACAUAACAAAUUUGUUGUUUGCUAAAACAAUUUUAUUUUUAUGAAAAUUAGGCUAAAUAUGGAAUAUCUUUUUGUAUUUAAACUUAAAACUUAUUUGCUUCCUUUUUGUAUACAAUCCAUAUGACUUUUAAGAAGGAAAAUUAUUUUAAUAAUUGCACGAUUUUAAUUAAGAAAAAUUAACUAGGUAUUUAAAAAGUACGCGAAAAAUUUAUGCAAAU